CGGUGCUGCCGCCGUGACCCUGGCCACCGCCCUCCGCUGGCACAGGCGCCGUCAUGGCGGCGGAGACGGAGCUGCACUUUUAUCGGCAGCUGCCCAAAGUGGAACUUCAUGCUCAUUUGAAUGGCUGUAUCAGUUCUACCACUAUGAAGAAACUUAUGGCCCAGAAGCCAUACCUUCAGAUCCAGAACGGAAUGACUAUGAUUGACAAAGGAAAGAAAAGAACCCUAGAUGAAUGUUUUCAGAUGUUUCAGAUCAUCUAUCAGAUUACCACUAGGACUGAAGAUAUUUUACUGAUAACUAAAGAUGUUAUUAAAGAAUUUGCUGAUGAUGGUGUCAAGUAUCUGGAAUUGAGGAGCACUCCUAGAGAAGAAAAGUCCACAGGUAUGACCAAAAGGAUGUAUGUUGAAACUGUACUUGAAGGUAUAAAGCAGUGUAAAGAAGAAGGCUUGGAUAUAGAUGUAAGAUUGUUAAUAGCAAUAAAUAGAAGAGGCGGCCCAGCAGUUGCUAAGCAGACUGUUAAACUUGCUGAAGAGUUUCGUCUUUCCACUGACGGCGUUGUAGUAGGACUUGACCUCAGCGGUGAUCCCACUGCAGGACAUGGUCAAGAUUUUUUGGAACCGCUCUCAGAAGCAAAAAAAGCAGGUCUAAAGCUGGCAUUGCAUCUUUCAGAGAUUCCAAAUCAAGAAGAGGAGACCAAAAUUCUCCUGGGCCUGCCUCCUGACAGGAUUGGACAUGGAACAUUUCUCAACUCUGCAACAGCAGGUUCAGAAGAGUUAGUACCCCUUGUUCGACAAAAUCAUAUACCUAUUGAACUUUGCAUGACAUCAAACAUUAAAACUCAGACAGUGCCUUCCUGUGACAAACACCAUUUUGGAUACUGGUACAACAUGGGCCACCCUGCAGUGCUUUGUACUGAUGAUAAAGGCGUCUUUGCAACAGAUCUGUCGCAAGAAUACGAGCUGGUUGCAAAAACAUUUAAUCUGACUCGAUCACAGAUGUGGGAUCUUUCCUACGAAUCAAUCAACUAUAUCUUUGCUUCAAGUGUAGUAAAAUCAAAGCUAAGGGAACAGUGGUGUAAACUGAAGCCAACUCUGUUUGAUUAAUCUAACUGUUGUUCUAAACAGCGUGGGUGUAUUAGCUUAUUAUAAUUAUAUAAUUAUAUAUAGCUUAUAAAAAAUACUCAUUUUUUACUGAAAUCCCUGGCUUUUUUUAGACUUCAGGUUUAUAAAUCCAGCCCAUAAACUGUGCUGGUGCAAAAAGAUUACAGGACUGCAUCCUUUGUUAGUGGGGACAGAAGUAAAUGUUCUUUUGUAUUUGGGAGGGCUCCCAACGGGUGGCUAUAAAAUUCCAAAUGUGUUGUCACAUCAUUCCUCUCUGCUUGAUAGGUUUUAAAAAAAUUGUUAGUUGAACUGUGUCAUCAUACUAUGGACAUUUGACAGAACAAAAGAAAGGCAUGUUUUGUGUGCUUAACACAAGCUGUUAGGGUUUAAAAUGUCUCUAUUGGCAACAUUAUGCCAAGCUGUUUGUGUGUAUGGUGUGACUAUUUGGGUUGUGUAUUGUUUUUAAACAGAACUUUUGAAUGAUUGACUGAAUGCAAAGACAGAAACAAAGUGAGGGAGAAUGAAAUAUUUGUCCCAAAGGAAUUAAAUAUUGCAUCUGGUAAUAUUUAUAUAUAUAUAAAGUAUAAAAUAAUUUACUGGUAUGACUGAAGCCUGCUGUGGAUUGUGUAGCGUACACAGUGGUGCCUAUUGAUGCGCUCAGCACUGGUAGUGUUUAGACUUUUAAGUUAAGAACCUUGAAUGCCUUAGCAAACUGUGAACUGCUUGGUGGGAAAUGGGCUAACUCUUAAAAUGCUUUUUAGAUUUGCUGUUUGUUUCUUUUAAAAAAACUAAUAAAAAUAGCUUCAACCUCCUUCAAACUGCUACUUGGGGUGUGCAUGUGUGUGUAUGUGCACACGCACGUGUGUGAGAUCUGCAGAAGAGGAGCAGGUAUCACUUGUUGCAGGAUUUGGCGAGUGUGAGUCCCCGGAGCAGACUCCCUGUCUGCAAGCAGCACCACUUCUCUUCUGACAGCAGACGGUGCUCCUUGGUUCAGGCAGUGACAGGGUUUGCUCUGCAUGUCUCUGUGCCUCUGCAUUUUGAUACUGAGAUACCAAAAUAUAUAUGAAAUAUGUAUGUGCAACAGUAUGUAAUACUAGACAUUGCUAGCUACUGUACAGGGUAUCCCAAGAGAAAGUAUUUCAUACCUGGUAUAUUUUUACAUUGAUUAAACAAGCAAACAUUUGGGGCUCUGCAAGGAAUACUGAAUAUAAAUAUAAUGACACAAAAGCUGUA